AUGACCGUGGACGUCGUCUCUGCCAAAGUGAAAAAAACUGGAGUAGCAGCACAGUUGAAAUCCCUUGUUAGGAUGAACGCAUGGCGUCGUACUAUAACCUCGUGUGGGUUUUGCUGCUCGUUGUAAGUUGACCACUGACAUGCACAGCCAUCACGUUAGUCUAUAAGCAGUUUAUCACUUACAAAUCAUAACACAUCUUGCUUCUCACUGCAGCUAACUGAGGCACCUCUCCAAAGUCAUAAUGCUUCUACGGACAUCUCUCCAUCGACAAGACCCUCCUGUGCGAAAUACGCGGUAACAGACUUUCGAGAUCUUUUUUGUGUGCGUUUGUUGAUGUGUGCACUUAAAUUCUUAUAGAUUACUGUCCUAUUGUGUUUUCAAAAAUAAUUACGCUGUGCAUAUUCCAUUUGUACUCGUGUUUAUAGCUACAAGAGAACCUUAAUUCCUUCUUGUGGUUGGUGAAGAGAGAUCCACCAGCUUAUUUCUUCGGAACGAUACAUGUGCCGUAUACACGAGUAUGGGAUUAUAUUCCGUCAAACAGCAAGGAUGCCUUCAGGACGAGCCAGUACGUCUAUUUUGAACUUGAUUUAACUAACAAGGCUACAGUGAAUGCACUAUGGAGAUGUCAAAUGCUACCCAAGGGAGGACUUCUUAAGGACGUGUUGCCGCGAAGUAUUUAUCGACGCCUCUACAGGCACUUACGAUAUAUUAAAAAAAUGAUUCCGGUGUGGCUUAGAGACAAAGACGAUGAUUAUCAGCAAGGAAUGGCGCCGUACGCUGACAAGAUAUUUCAGCUUUUGACCAAAGACUGGCAACAAAAGCGACCUAUAUGGGUUAUGCUGAUGGUCAAUUCUCUGACCAAAAGCGACAUUAAAAACAGGGGCAUUCCAGUGCUUGAUCAGUACCUGGCGUCCGAGGCCUCCAGGAACGAAAAGUUCACCGGAGCUGUAGAAGAGGUGGAGGAACAAUGUCGGCCGCUUAAUUCUCUCAACGACACACAGGUUUGUAGAAAAAAUUACAUAAUCCCGCAAAGCUGAUCAUGGGCAAAUGUUUUUCAGACAGAAUGCAGCUUACCGCUGACAAAAGUGGAUUAAAUGAAUUGAAACUAACAACAUUAAAUAUUUAGAGUUAAAUUGCACGCGACAUUUAAUCAGUGAACAUUUCAUUGCCCUUUAGAACGCGCCUUCAAGGGCCUCAUCCCGCGAGAAUUUAUGCGCGUCAUUGAAGCGUGAUACACGUUUUUAGGCUGUUUCCUUGAUAUUUUUCUUGCGUGAGCCGACUGUGGGGUAUAAUUCUAUUACAACGCGUGAUAAUCUGUGUGUCCUCUUGGUGGUAUCCCCUGUUUUGGGGGAAACCUGUAAAAACCGUAUGGCAUUGCAUUAGCUUAGCAGCGAGAUUUUGUUUUUUUAAUGUGUGGACGCGUACAAAAUGGUCAUUGUGUUUAUAUUAGAGGUGUUGUGUGUAUACGGCCGUCACAAACAGUGUUCACAUCUUCUAAAUCAUGUUUUGUUAAUAGGGCUUUUCACUGUAAUUUUAAUGUGAAUUCCUGAAACGGUUUGUCAGGGUUUGAUGGCAACGUGACACAAAACAUCGGAAGGCUUUAGUUUCUCUACCUGGUACCUGAUACUUAAGAGCUAAAAUUAAAUUCGCGUCUCUUCCUCUUUUACCGCAGAACGUGCUCUUUUAGUCAGUUUGUGGGUAAGAGUAUACGUGCGUGAUCAAAUUACCUAGUCUCUUUCAUGUGUUUUCUAUGUUUAGGGUUAUUGUUACGUAAAGCUAAUAAGCUAUAACCCUGUAAUAAAAGCCAUUGGCGAGAUAAAACCGUGAGUAAACCUUGUUCGACUUGUGUCAAUCAAUUAAGUAAAGCGGAUUCCACGCGUGUACGCCAUUUUUCUUCAUUACCACUGGGACAUUCUUAAAGGCGGCUUUUCCUUUCGGUGUCCUCUGUUGGGCUCCGACUACAGUAUCAGUUACAAUGUUGUUUGAUGCAGCUUUUAUCGACUCUGAUAUGAAAACAUCUCGCAUCUUGGGUGUCAUUAAAAUUUCAUUACAAUCACGCCUUCUCUGUGAAAAGAUUUCCUUGCCGCACUUGGGACUAUCAGCUUAAUUACUCUGUUACUGGGGGAACAUGCACUGAAAAUAGACCUGAUCGACGAUUUUAGCGCUAAUACGAUGAAAUCCACGUAGCUUUUCAAUGAGUGGCAGCGUGGUUCUUAUGUCAACAAACUAUUUUGUAGACAAUAGUGUUAAUUAAAUCAAGAACAUGUCCUCCGCCGCGACAGAUCGAGAAAAGGCGUUUUGAUUCACGUCAUAAGGAACGAUGGCAAUCGGUUUUACCUCACCGCAGAGUGAUUGAACUGAUGCCCUUGCUAAUCAUAACGUCACUUUCUUGAAAUACGCAAUUGUGCUGGCGAUAAAGAGAGUUGAAUAGUUGUAUUAAAAAUGAGUCAAGAGAGCCGCAGACGAACAAACAUUUUCCACUUGUACUGAUCACCGUCCAAUAAGUUUUCUCUGUCUCUGGCAACGUGUGAAGCGUUGCAUCGUUUCUCUGGGGUAGAUUUUGGAGCCCAAACUAUGAACUUACACAAUGAGUUUUCCUAUUGUGCUCGCUAAGUCUGUUAUUUAUUCCAUUAGCUUUAUGUUCGUUGACUUAAGCGAUAAAGGGCGGUUCUUUUUGAUGUUUAAAAUUAAAAGGUCUCUUGAUCGGGAAUCGUUCCGCCACUUGCACACAAAUCUGGGCGAGACUUUUUUAUAAUACUAUUUUGAUAAAACCGGGGUUGAAGCUUAUCUCAAAUUAGUUUUAUCUGUUGUUUUUGUUAAACAAGAAAAUUGUUAUUAUGUUAUGUCGAACAACAAUAGCGUUUUUCAAUAAGGUUUGAUUUAUAACGCAAAAAACAAAUUGCGUGAAGGGCUUUUAUCUCGAAUGCGCUCUCUUGCUCCCCGCUCUUGUAACAUUGUUUAAGUAAGAAAGAUGAAAACCUCUCUCCCUAGGACAUUAUUGUUCAAGCACCACCUGCUUAAAAUGUGGUUUUUCGUUUGCUUUCAAAUUUUAAAAGAACGUUGUCGUGUGGCAACGCAGUGUCAUAGAGAGAUAGAGGAAAACAAGAAACAAAAAAUAGGCCAAGAACACGAUUUGGCUUUGUAUUUAAGGCAUUUGUAUACGGGAAGCCCACGUAUGACAAGAAAUGUUUUUAUGUUCCGAACUAACAAACAUCAUUUUGUUAUGAUUUCGUUUAAAGGCCUGUUAAUGCGUUCAUGGAAUGAUAAGGUAGUCUUAGAGCGCGCAAAUGUGGCAUUAUAGUAACUGAAUUGACCAUAUUUGCAAACUUGUUAACAAGAACCUAACUUGCCCUCUUUUGUAAGUUGAACCUCAGGGCAUAAAACCCCGAUAAUUUAGUAUAUCGAGAAAGAUAAAAUGCGUAAUCGAUUCAAUACAUACAUCUGCAUUUUGAAGAUAAUCUUGAAUUUUGAGAAAUCAAACGAACGCGAAAUUGUUUCCUCUUUCUAGACUUUGCUAGACUGCAAAACUAUCACGUGCUAUGAUAACCAAACAACCUCAAUUAUACAGUUGUCUUAUAUCAUUAUCCUCAAUGAACUUAUGUCAUUGAUAUACGGAUUCCUUUCACGUUUUUAGGUGACUGCAUGUUCUUGAUUCAUGGGUUUUGGUAAAUUGGGUUUUAACUAACUAUGAGUGUUACAUUUAUCCCAAAUGAAGAAGUAGUCGCCGUCUUUUGUAUUUUCUGGUCUGUCUCCCCAUAUAUAUACAAGAAAUCAAUGGAGAUAAUAGUCCAGAAAAGAGAUAAGACUUCAGCAGUAUCAGUAAUCCACGUUUAUUUGCGGUCUACCGAUUUAAUCUUUUUGUUAGCCAAGAGCCAUUUCUCCUAUAGCCGAAGCAUGAUUUGACAAAAAUUAUUUCGCAUCUUUUCUUCAACGACAGUGAAUUCUAGGGAAAAAAACUACACUACAGGGAAAUUUUCAUCCGUCAACGGUUUUUGAUUUUAUACUUAACAGCAAGCAAACUUGAAAAUCAUGGAAAAGACAGUUUGAUGAUCUCUCUGUGAGAAAAGACAUAAAAAGGGGAAACAUUUAGAACCAUAUUACCGUACCGCUAUUUUAGGCGUCAGAAUUUGAGGACGUGCAUGGCUGCAUUUUUUUACCUUCCGUCCUGACCCGUGUUCAAUAAAUUUAACAUUAUUUUUCAAUUUACACGAUGUGUCUCAAUAGAGCUCAGAGUCCAAAUUCAAAAAAAAUUCUGAUGUCUACCAUUCAGCAGGUUGUUUCAAAGAAGUCCGAAAGUUUUUUUUGCAGAAUUUUGUCUGUAAACUGUAAGCCAUCCAACCCUAAUUCACCACAUUUCACCGCCAUCAAAACAAACUUACGUUGCAGAAAUUUAGUUAGAACGAGAAAUUAUAGAAGUGGGUUGUUUUUUUUGUUAUUUUCAGUAAGUUUAUGGCGUCAGACACACUUGAUCCGGUUCAUUACAGCGCGUUAUAACGGUUUUUUAAGCCGCAAAGUCAAUACGAGGGAUCAUUAAGUUGGUCAUUCUACGUUCUCCAAAUUUCUAAAAUAGAAAGUCAUAACUCAAAAUUAUCUCCUCUGUCUCAUUCAGUAAUUAUUUAAUGGAAUAACAUCAUCUGAUUUAUUGCCCAUACAGGCGCCUCACUUUCCAACCAUGCGGCCCGCCUAAAAAUAAAUCUUCUAAAAAUGUGUAAAAACCCCUCUUGCCUGCUAAAAGUGAGAAGAAGUGUUCAUUUUGCUCGGUUUCUCCUACAGUAAAUUACCAGGGGACGUGAAAUGGAAUGCUAACUUUCGAGUCUGUCUUUUUGUUUCUCGACAUUUGGUCAAAAGUUUCUCAAAAAUUUGGAUCGUGAGUAAGCGUUAAUGGCCUGGCAAGAUUAUCUGUUGUUUUGUUCUGGCUACAGACGGCUUCUGUAACCAACCCGCGGCCGCAAAUCUUCUAAAGUGCUUAAAGUUUUCGGAACUUUAUUCCCGCAAUGUAAUUUUACCCUCUCGGAUUUGUUAGAGAAUCAUGCCAAUGUCAUGUGUUAACAUUUGACUCUGUGGACGAAACCUUAAGGUGCAACCAUUCAGCGCGGCAGAUGAAGGAGGUCGCUCCAGUACUUUCACAUGGUGUUUUUGUUUUUCAGCAUUAUACGAAAAUAGAUUUUUUUUACCGCAUUUUUAUGUGGGCACUCUUUAACUGAGAGCGAAUACUUAAGUUGAGUGUUAACGCUAAUCACAAUGUAUUUUUGGGCCACGUCCAGGGGUAAUCGUGCAGAUUCGAGAAGAUGCGCCAAAUGGGUCUAUUAAUUGAUUGAUUUUUUGUGACCGCGUGUAGUGAGUCGGCAAAAAAGUUAAUGGACUACUGUCAGAGAAAUUCUUGUCAUACUUUUAUUAAAAUUAUCUUUUCUCAUAAAAAACGGCGCUUUUCGAUGACACAGAGGUGAAGUUUUCAAGACAAUUCUUGGACGAAAAGAGAACGUUUCUUUUACACUAGAUAUCAUAAUAUUCCAUGAAAAGAUAACGAAACUCAGUCAUCUUGCAAUCCUUGCCUUCUUCCCGAAGUCAACCACAGCUUUUAAGAGUUAACGUUACAUAUGACAGAGAUACUUCUAAACAAAAGGAGACACUUUCUGUUGUUGCAAAUAAAUCUCUGGGCUGCCGCGUUAGUCUGAGUUUUUAAAAGCAAGGGCGUGGUUUUCGAGGGCCUCAAAAACCAAGCCUUUACACUUCUCAACUUCUCAAGAGUAAUGCCUCAUUAGCAAGAACUUGUUUACAACUCUACAAGAGUAUGCGGUAGAGUCGUACAUGCAAGCAUGUGAACCGCAAGACAAAUAAAAGAAGUGUACUCCGCCCUCCAGAUGAAUUAAUGACUGUAUAAGUUCCGUCAGUUCAGAGGUUAAAGUUAACCCGUCACGUGCGAAAUAACCUCGUAAACAAUAUGUUAACGAUUUUUUUUUUUAGAUACACAAUAGGUACUUUUUCAACUUUUAAGAAAGACUUUUUCUUUGCGGUUGAGAUAUCCCGAAUAGGAUUAUGUCCUUUUCCCUUGUUACGAGCUGCACGUCCCAAUAAGCAACUUCUUGACAAUCUGAAUAAUCGGCGCAUUUGCAAACGAACGCGCCCGGCUCAAAAAUACCUUAGUUUGUAAGCUUGUAAUGUUAUAACAGCUGUCCGGUACAGGGUGAAAAUAACGUAAUAUAAAGUUUUCUCUUUUGCCUCUUCUCGUUGUAGGUUAUUUUUGCUUUGAACCAAACACUAAACUUCCAAGAAAAGUUACGGGUUGGCAAGGCAACAUUAGCAUACACGACAGAUGACUUAAUAGAUCACUACAACUGCGGUGAUUUGAACACGGUGUUGUUUUCCACGCAAACAACGCGGCUGGCAAACACGAAUUCUAACUCAACUCUUAAAGAACUGGAAAUGCAGGCUACCAGAGACAUUGAUAAAUACUUCAAGACUGAACUUAUCUUCAAAAGAAAUGAACUCAUGGCAAAGAGAGUUAUUGAUCUGUUAAACAAACACCCGGAGCGGAAUUUCUUUUUCGCGUUUGGCGCGGGUAAGUGCUUCAUCAACAUUCUUCACGAAAAGCAAAGACUCCCGUUGGCUACCUCAGCAUCAUGUGACAUCUUACAAUGUAACCGUUUCCCGCCAAGACUCUCCCGAAAGUUGCUCUUCAGAGUAAAAUAAUUCUGAUACUUUGAGAAAACUUUAUGCUAAAAUUUAGCCAAGAAUGUGAAACUUGGAGAAGCACACCAACUUGGCUGGUCUUGUCUUUGGUUGAGCUUUCAUUCAAAUGUGGGCUGCCAAAAGCUAGUUUCAUCCACAAAGGCGCCAUUCUCUUUCGGAACCUUUUAAACUCCUUAAUGGUAGCAAAUGUGAAAAAUUCGCAAAAUUUUAAAUUGCUUUUGUAAACUCCAGAGAAAUAAACAGAGGUUUCAUUUGUUUGGCAACGCAACAGGAUUGCGUCCACCCAUUUAAAAGUAAGAGUGUCCUGCCCCCGUUAUGUCUGUCGAUUAAGUGUUACCUGUUGGUACUUUUGCAGGGCAUUUUCUUGGAAAUCACAGCAUUAUUGAUAUCAUGAAACGCGAAGGAUUUACAGUAGAUCACUUAGGACCCAACCAGAAAUUGCCAAGGUAAGAAUUGUACAGUUUGUUCUGCAGUAUCGAUACUUCUUGCAAUACCGUGUGACUGCGUUUUGUGAUUGGCUAAAAUAUGUCCCGCUACUAUUUUAUCCAAUCAGACGUAAACCCAACACCGAAGUUCGCCGACAUUUCCCGCGCCAUUUUCACGCCCUUGACACAUGCAGGCUAUAAGGAGAGGCCGUAAUUUGCUCAUAUUGCGUCUAGCAUUUCGGCGACUUUCAUUUAUAAAAGGCCUUAUUCAAACAUACUACAUAUUCGUGAGGGCGCGAGAAUGAACAGGAAAAAUAUUCUCUGAAUCUGUAAUAUAUUUGUAAAUCGCAGGAAAACGCCGAUUUUAUUAAGAGGAUCGAAUAAUGGCGAUUGAGAUUUGUAUUAACUACUGACUGAUCUUUCUUUCUGCAAAUGUUUUAGUUAUACACCAUCGAUACCUCCUCAUCUCAAGCCAAAGAGAAAACUAAGAAAGUGUCGCAAAAGACACAGAAAAAGAUACUGUAGAAGAAAAAGGAAAAGAACGAAUUUUCGUCGCGUAAAGCUUGUGCUUAAAGUCACGAACAAUCCGACACAAAAAAGGUGAGUAGUUACUGUUGCACUUAGUUAUCUUGCUUAAUGUAACGAAGGCAAACUGUUGAAUAACAAUUGUCUGGUCAUUAUGAUUUGUGGUUAAAAAAAUUUGUGAUAAAUUUCUUUCCCGGAGAUGUUACGAAAACUAACGAUUGUCAAUAAGCAAUGUCAGUUCUGAAAAUUAGCUAACGUAAUUCAACAUGCGUUCCAACAUGCUUUUCUGAGAUAUGAUAGAUCAUUUGGCAAAGUACAGGAGUAUACGCGGCUGUUUUGAACGAAUGGAAGUAAUAAGAAAUAAACUGCACUUGGCAGAGUACUUGCAUGUGUAAGGUAUAACAGCCUAUUAGUUUAUGUCAGGAUAUCCGUAGACGAAAGUUUCUCAUCGUGUUUGAUAUAUUGCAUCAAACACGAGAAAAGUGUGUUUCUAGGAUUUACAAACAUUGAGUAGCUUGAAAUACAGCCAUCUUCUCGAGUCGGGAGUUUGCGCUUCGAAAUCCAGGCUAAUUUAAAGUUUCUUUAUCUGACUUUCAAGCUUUUGGAAAUCUAAUGAAACAUGCUUUCGCACGCUUGGCAAACCUUUCGCAAACCAUGUAUCGUUAGUUUAUGAAGACACUCAAACGAAAGUCGAUCUUAGUUUAAUUUGUAACUGUUACGAUCAGCCUUUCAGUUGACUUUCACGGUAAGAGACUUCCUCCAGUUACCGUUCACGAGUGAAGCGAGCGAGGAGCGCCAGACACGCGCGACGGGAGAAGGCGCCUUUCCCGUCGCGCGUGUCUCACGCUUCACGCCCGCCUCGUGCUUCGUUAGCUAGAAAAAUGCGGGAAAAUAGGGCCUGUUCUGCUGGCUAUGUCGCUGCAAGAUCUGUAGUGUAUGAGAACCAAGGUUAAUAUCCUCUUUUACUCAUUCUUUUUUUAUCAGAGUCGAUUCAAGUAAAAAGCAGGUAACCGUCAAAGAAGAUCUUAGCAGUGGUACGUCCCUUCCUAUUCUACCGACAUCAUCGGCCGUGAAUAUUAGAAGCAGACAAGUUUUAAACACAGCAACGCUACUGUGUCUCCUUCUGUGGUGUUUAAUAAGAGAACUUUUAUAAGAGCAAUUAAAUGCAUACGUUCUGGAGAAACGCAAUUACAUGUAAAGAGGGAUACGUCGAGCCUGACAAAGUUCCUCCCAGGCCAACAAGAGAAAAAUUGUUCUGAGUGAAUCUCGCCAUCAGAGACAAAGAAGUGCGUCCGAAAAGUUGUGUAUAACACACUGAUGUGGAUAACACAUGGAAAUACAGAGAACAAUAAAAAGACAUGAAAAAACACCUAACCUUUUUCUAGUCCGGUAGACAAUUUUCGCCUAUGUGAAGAAUACGUUCAACAAUAGAGAACUACAUGGUUUAGCUGGUAGACCAUUCCAUAUUGCGUUUGACCAACCAGGACAAUAGGGAACUUAAGCACCAGACGUUCUUGAUUCACGAACAGCAUGGCUGGCCUCGCAGAACUGGAUCGAGGACGCAGUUUGCGCGACAAAUAAAAAUCAUUAGGCAAAACAACGUGAAACCAUCACGAACGCCGACGGAAUAAUUCAGUUGAUAAUGUCUUUCAAAGAUUUGCGUUAAGUUUUGUUUCUCUCUUACGAGGAAAACAUGAUUUCAGACGAGGAAUUUCUACUUUUGUAUGACGAAAACUCUUCUAAGAACACAGAAUUUGAACCUCUGGUUUCAACGUGAGAACUCGCGUGUUUACUGUCCGUGACCGCAUUGACAUGCGCAGUGGCUAUCAUGCUGCAAAAAUACUUCCGGUUGGCGUCCGUGGUUCUAACAACGUCUGGUGCUUAAGUUCCCUAAUGUUUUUUCGACACAGACUUAAGCAAACUUAGGCCGGGUUCAAACGUCGCAUUUCACAUGUAAAUGAGGGAGAACAAUGGAUUUUCCUCAAUAGCAUUAAUUUCGGCACAUGUGAAAUGUGACGUUUGAUCUGGGCCUUAGCCAAAUUACAAAUCAUUCAUGUAAAUGAUAUUUCAAACACGGGAAAUGUUUGAUCUGACAUCCAGGCACCAAAACUGGUUCAAAAGACUCCAGUUUAAGAUAUUAAAGUAAGAGAAUUUCGUCAAAGAGGAUCAUUUAAGAUUAUUUAACUCACUUUUUCUAAUUCAAAAUGUUUUUCAGACCUUAAGUUGGAUGUGUGAUGGAAACUACAUAACAAUACUAUAAAUAUUUAUUUACAAGGACUCAAAGGAGUCAAAGAUUACUAAACAAAUUGAUUUUCCUGAUAACAAACCAUUUAUACUAAAUCAAUUCUACGACAACACAGCUGGCAUGUUGAGAGGAAAACAUCUAUGGAGACAAGUUUUACAUCUAUACAUAAACGUAUUUGCUUGAAAGAGUUCACCCCAAUUUUCUUUUAGAUUCCAAAAGUCCUUCAAAACCCCCCAAAACAUCUUUUAUAAAGGAAGGCACAAUACUUUCUGACAGUGAAGAAGUACUCUUUUUCUACAACUAAGAGAGGAAGAACUAUUAUCACUCUACAUUUCUAGUUUGAUAUAACUAUUCUUGGAAUAAUCAUAUCUGGAGUUCAAGGGCUCGAUUAGAUGAAACGUACCGGUAGUGCCAGAUUUAACUGCUAGGAUCUGACUUUCAAAUAAAGAGUUUGACUGGGUUGAACCUCAAAUAAAUGUUAGAAGUUAUGUCUGAUGCCAGGUACCUCCCAAAAUGCCUUGUUCUUACUUAGUGGAGUAGCACUAGUUUGUACUCUAAUGGGCAGCACUUCUUCAAGUAAAUACAAGUACUGGUAAUGAAAGUUGUUUUCCACAGCAUUUGUACAGGGUGUAUGUAUUACUUAGUUCAACUAAUG